GUUAGCAACCUGCGAUCGAAAAUUUUCACUCCAAGCCGGCCGGUUUCAGGCGAAGGUUCUCUCGCGUCAGCUGUGAGUGCGAUUCCUCGUCGCAAACCAACGUGACAUGGCUAAUAACGUCGUCGUGAAAUAUACCCAGUUAUUUAUCAACAACGAGUUUGUCGAUUCAGUGAGUGGAAAAAAAUUUCCAACGAUAAAUCCAUCAAACGGGACGGUGAUUGCUCUAGUUUCGGAAGGUGAUAAGGAUGAUGUCGAUAAGGCAGUUCGUGCAGCCAAAGUUGCCUUCGCAAAGGGCUCGCCAUGGCGAACAAUGGAUGCUUCACAAAGAGGUCGCCUUAUGAACAAGCUGGCCGAUUUAGUGGAACGCGACAUGGAGUAUAUUGCACACUUGGAAACUCUCGAUAACGGAAAACCUUUGACAGCUGCCAUGACGGAUGUCAAAUACAGUAUCGAUGAAAUUCGUUACUACGCUGGAUGGGCUGACAAAAUACAUGGGAAAACCAUUCCUGCUGACGGAGGCGAUCUCGUCCUCACUCGGAAGGAACCCGUGGGCGUAGUCGGUCAAAUAAUCCCAUGGAAUUUUCCGGUGCUCAUGCUCUCGUUCAAAUGGUCACCGGCUCUCGCAGCCGGCUGCACCAUCGUCAUGAAACCUGCCGAACAAACUCCCUUGACAGCUCUAUACCUUGCCUCGCUCAGUAAAGAGGCAGGCUUUCCACCGGGCGUUAUAAACGUUAUUCCUGGCUACGGACCCACCGCGGGUGCUGCCAUCUCCGAACAUCCGGACAUCCGAAAAAUCGCGUUCACCGGAUCCACAGAAGUCGGACAUAAAAUUCUAUCGGUAGCCGGCAAAACAAACUUGAAAAAAGUCACUUUGGAACUCGGUGGUAAAAGCCCUCUGGUCGUUUUCGAAGAUGCUGACGUUGCACAUGCCGCGUUACUGGCACAUUACGGACUCUACUUCAACGCCGGUCAAAUGUGCAUCGCAGCGUCACGGACCUUCGUACAUUCCAAAAUAUACGACGAAUUCGUGAAGCACUCGAAAGAAUUGGCCCGAAAAAUCAAAGUCGGUGAUCCCUUUGACGCGACCAAGACACAGGGGCCUCAAGUCGACAAGGACACGUACGAAAAGAUUUUGAGUUUGAUUGAAUCGGGGAAAAAGGAAGGAGCUUGUCUCGAAUUGGGAGGUGAAGCCCAGGGAUCAGUCGGAUACUUCAUCAAGCCCACGGUAUUUUCGAACGUGACAGAUUCCAUGAGGAUUGCAAAGGAAGAAAUCUUCGGACCGGUCCAAUCGAUUUUGAAGUUCGAUACGUUCGAAGAAGUCGUGAAGCGAGCCAACGACACUUCUUACGGACUAGCUGCAGGAGUCAUCACCAAAGACAUUAACAAAGCGAUUCAAUUUGCUGAGGAAGUGAACGCUGGAAGCGUGUGGGUCAACAGCUAUGCGACGAUCACACCAUCGACUCCAUUCGGAGGAUACAAGAAUUCUGGUAUCGGACGCGAAAAUGGAUACGAAGGACUGGAAAACUAUUUGGAAACAAAAACUAUCUCGAUCAAGCUCGCCGAGCCUCGUUAAUUAAGGCCCGUACACUGUGAUAUGUCGAAUUUAUGUAUUUAAAUGUACCGCGUUGCGAGCAUCCCUUCCCGGACUGAGAGGGGGAAUCAUCCGCUUUCCGAGCGAGGGAUCUCAUCGAUCAACGAAAUUAUUAUUAAUCUCCUAGUAGUCAAUCGAGAAAGACGUGUGCCGGUGAUCAGAUUCUGGAUACCAUUCUCCGUCUACAUACAUCGACAGCCCAGGCCUGGCAUACAGGAGAACACCAAAUAAGUGAUCAUCAUCUUUCCGCACACGCAGAUCCACAUUUCUGUGGAUCCGUGAAAUCAAAUAUAUGUAUAAAAAAAAAAAAAAAAAAAAAUAGAAACAAAAAUAAAAUGUAUUCUCUAUACAUCCAAAGAAAAAACUUGACAACACAACAGUUUGUAUAAACAUCAUUCGUCAAGUCGACUCCACGCUAGUGGCCCAUCAUCGACAGGGUCUUGUUAUAGUAAUUUUUGUAUUUAUGAUAUCCCCAGUGGUAAAAAGAACGAAAUAAAAGCUACGGAAGUGACGGAAAA